AUGUUUUCACCACAAAAGUCGCAAUGGUGUCGUAGUUCUCAUCAGAGCCAACCAGAAAACUGCCGAUCGUUUUUUUGUUUUUUCUUUUUCUUUCUUUUCUUUCUCACUUUCAAUUAUUUAUUUUUAUUAUUUUAUUUUUGGUCACGUUUUUCCUGGGUUUUACUUUACUCUACCAAAUCAAGUACACUUCACCGGAAUUGUACAAUCCCUGUUGCCACUUGCCACAAGCAGGUUUUCAUUUUGCUUCUUUCUUUCUUUCUUUUUUCCUGUCUUUUUUUCUUUCUUUCAUUCUCACUCUGUAUCUCAAGAUCACUCUACCUAUUUCAUCUUUAUCCUUCUAUCUUUCCUCUCCAUCUUCCUAUCUUAAUUGCUCUCUCAAUCUACUGUCAUUUUUUUUUAUUACAUGUUUUAUCUCUCUGCCAUUUUGUCAUUAUUUUCUCCAAGAUUUCUCACUUAACUUCUCACUUUAUUUCUUCCUUUUAUUAUCUCUCUCUCUCAAUUAUCUAUCUCUCACAGUCUGCUCAUUAUCUGUCUAUCUCUCUCAGUCUGCUCAAUAUCUGUCUCUCUAUAUCAGUCUGUUCAUUAUCUAUCUCUCUCAGUCUGUUCAUUAUAUAUCUCUCUCAGUCUGUUCAUUAUCUAUCUCUCUCAUUCUGUUCAUUAUCUCUCUCUCUCUCUCUCAGUCUGUUCAUUAUCUCUCUCUCUCUCUCAGUCUGUUCAUUAUCUCUCUCUCUCUCUCUCUCUCAGUCUGUUCAUUAUCUCUCUCUCUCUCUCUCAGUCUGUUCAUUAUCUCUCUCUCUCUCUCUCUCUCUGUUCUGUUCAUUCUCUCUCUCUCUUGUUCUGUUCAUUAUCUCUCUCUCUCUCUCUCAGUCUGUUCAUUAUCUCUCUCUCUCUAUGUCUGUUCAUUAUCUCUCUCUCAGUCUGUUCAUUAUCUCUCUCUGUGUCUGUUCAUUAUCUCUCUCUCAGUCUGUUCAUUAUCUCUCUCUCAGUCUGUUCAUUAUCUAUCUCUGUCUGUUCAUUAUCUCUCUCUCUUUGUUUCUGUUCAUUAUCUCUCUCUCUCUAUGUCUGUUCAUUAUCUCUCUCUCUCUCUCUCUGUGUCUGUUCAUUAUCUCUCUCUCUCUCUGUGUCCAUUCUCUCUCUCUCUCAGUCUGUUCUUUAUCUAUCUCUCUCAGCCUGUUCUUUAUCUAUCUCUCUCAGCCUGUUUAUUAUUUAUCUCUCUCAGUUCAUUUAUUACCUAUCAUUUUCUUCUCUUUCUUUUUAACUUAUUCUCACCUUAAGACUUUAUUUAAGUCUUUCUUUAAUUGUAUGUGCUUCUCCCUAUCUCUCUCUCUCUCUGGAUUCUUUUGUUCAUCCUUCAUUCACUUACCUUAA